AUGAUACAUGGGGAUCCACGUGAUUGGCCUGCCGGCCACUUCCGUUUGUGGCGAGUUCGUGGCCUGCCCGAGUUCGUUCGUACUUUCCGCGCAACUACAUUCGAGCUUGUCGGUCAAAUGGGUCUAUUUGGCACCAAAGCACCAGAGAAACCAGAUCCUGUUUCCAGAUCAGAUAGGCAGAAAUGCUGGGAUAGCAGAGAUGCCUAUUUCGCCUGCCUUGAUGAGAAGGGCAUCGUGAAAGCUGGCGAUGAAGGCAAUGCAUGCGCGUCCCAAGUAGCCGCUUAUGAGAAAAACUGCGCCAAAAGCUGGAUUGAUUAUUUCAACAAACGACGGGUACUCGCGGAACAGCAACAAGGUGUACUGACACAAGCCAAGAUCCAAGCCAAUGCUGCCGGACGGCCGUAG